GUGUCAUGUGAGGGGUGGCAGCACCCGCCAUUCACUUCAUUAUUUCUCGUCCGCGGCGUUGGAUCCGAGCAGCAACGGUGGGCAUAGCCGGGCUGAAGCUGGCGGCGCUGCGCAUUCCGGCGAGACCGACGGAGAGAGAUAGUUUCGCUUGCGCCACAUUCUGGAGAGCUGGAGUCUGUGCAGGACACCCCAGCCAUUGACCCGCCGGGGAACGGCCAGAUCCGUCACCGAUCGCCGUCCGCGGUUGAGCUCCUGGAGUCACAACCGCACCACAUUCCCAUGGAUCAAAUGGAGAAGGCCAUCAAACGCAACCGCGGCUCGCACGACUCUCUUUCUGACAAGAUCCUGAGAUACCGCGCCAUCCUUCUUCUCGUCUCCGUUCCCCUCCUGCUUAUAGGCUUCCUGCUCUUUCUUACUCGAUCUCCUUCCGAUUCUCUGGGAAAAAUCAACCGCAAAUUCUCUCCGGACUUCGGAUCUAACAAGUAUGCCGUCAUCUUUGAUGCCGGCAGUUCCGGCAGCAGAGUUCACGUCUUCUGUUUUGAUAAGAACCUUGAUCUCGUUCCCAUUGGCAAUGGUCUCGAGGUUUUUGAACAGUUAAAACCGGGCCUGAGUGCUUUCCCAACUGAUCCUGAGGCUGCUGCAAACUCCAUCAAGCCACUUCUCGAAAAGGCAGAGGCUGUAGUUCCUCAACAUGUUCAGAGCAAAACACCAGUCAGAGUUGGAGCAACUGCAGGCUUGAGGCAAUUAGAAGGUGAUGCCCCUGAUAGGAUUCUGCAAGCAGUAAGAGAUUUUCUGAAGAGCAAAAGCAGCUUCAAGUUAGAAUCCGAUUGGGUCACUGUCCUGGAUGGAAGUCAGGAAGGUGCUUAUGAGUGGGUGACUAUUAACUAUCUCUUAGGCAAUUUGGGUGAAGAGUAUUCUAAAACUGUCGGUGUAGUUGAUCUUGGUGGUGGAUCUGUACAAAUGGCUUAUGCUGUAUCAGAGUCCGAUGCUCAGAAGGCACCAAAAUUGUCAGAUGCAGAGGAUAAAUACGUGCAGGAGAUGUAUCUUAAAGGAAGGAAAUAUUACCUUUAUGUGCACAGUUAUUUGCACUAUGGAUUGCUAGCAGCUCGAGCUGAGAUCUUGAAGGUCACAGAAAACUCGGGCAAUCCUUGCAUCUUGGCAGGAUAUGAUGGGUCUUAUAAAUAUGGAGGAGAAGUUUACUCUGCAUCGCCUUUGCCCUAUGGUUCAAACAUGAGGAGUUGCAGGGACAUAUCUAUUAAGGCUCUUAAAGUCAAUGAAUCAAUAUGCACAAAUAUGAAAUGCACUUUCGGUGGAGUGUGGAAUGGAGGCGGAGGCGAUGGUCAGAAGAAUCUCUUUGUUGCUUCAUUCUUCUUUGAUAGAGCUGCAGAGGCUGGCUUCAUUAAUGGAAGUUUGCCUGUUGCUAAAGUUCGUCCGGCUGAUUUUGAAAGUGCUGCUAAAGCUGCUUGUGAAACUGGUCUUGAGGACGCCAAAUCUAAAUAUCCAAAUGUUGGUGAGGACAACUUGCCAUACCUGUGUAUGGAUCUUGUUUAUCAGUUCACAUUGCUUGUAGAUGGCUUUGGGCUCAACCCUCAGCAAGAGAUCACUUUGGUAAAAAAAGUGAAAUAUCAGAACUCACUUGUUGAGGCAGCUUGGCCAUUAGGAAGUGCCAUUGAAGUUGUAUCAUAAUAAGUGAACAAACUGGUGCCCAAAAAGCUCGAUUUGUCGUAAGCUAUUUCCCGCUCAUUUUUCUUGAAGAAUAUCUAUUCCCCAUUUGAACUGGAAGGUGAGAUUACAGAAAAAGCAUUUUUUCCCCCAUUUUCUAUAUUUUUAUUUGUUGGAUUGGAGGCAAUAGAUGGAAUCUGAGAGCCUUUUUGUUGUUCUAGUUUGUGAUACAGGAAAACUUUAUAUAAAAUUGUAUGAGUUCUGUUUUCUCUUGUAAAGCCAGAGAGAGAUCCCUGCCACUUUUGAACACUAUAUAUACCUCAAACUUUAUUCUUUGAAACUCUUUGGGUCG